UCGCAGCUCUUUCCGUAUUGUAUUUGGUCAGUCGACAGUCAUUCACCUGGCGGGAAGGAAGUGGCACGUACGUCUAGGCUGCGUCUUUCAGUCUCCUAGUACUCUGUGAAGAAGAAAUGUAGAAAGAGGUGCUGAGAAUUAGAUAUACAGAAAUUGCCAAAGAAAAAAAAUAUAUAUAUAUAUGGGAAAAUAGGUGAGGAAAGAAAAAUAUAUAAACGUCAGCUAACAACACAACGAAACGUUGCUUUAGUACGAGAGUAAACGCAAAACGUUGCGAGCGAGGUACGAUCUUUCCAAUAUAAACCUAGCGACAGCCCAAACGACUUACUCAAAUUUUCUAUUUAAAUAAAAUGACGCAAACAUUUUGUAAGAAAACCGGAAGACAGUGACAAUGGAACCUUGAUCUGACUCCCCCCCCUUAUCCUACCCCACCUCCCCUCCCCCUUCACAGCAGACAUGAAACGCGCUUUGUGCCUCGCGUGGUUGCCUUUAGGAAGACCUGACGUCGAUGAUGUAAGCUCGGUGGUGUAAACGCGCAAGACAUCAACAAGAAACUCCGCCACGAGAACCUGGUGAACCUGAUCGAGUUCUUCCGCCGCAAACGCCGCCUUUACCUCGUCUUCGAGUACGUCGACCACACCAUCCUCGACGAGCUAGAAGCCACGGAGACCGGCUUGGAGGAGGAGACGGCGAGGGCGCAUAUCUUCCAGGUGCUGAGGGGCAUCGCCUUCUGUCAUCAGAACCAGAUCAUCCACCGAGACAUCAAACCCGAAAACGUCUUGGUGAGUCGUCUUGGAGUCGUCAAACUGUGUGACUUCGGCUUCGCUCGCCUCUUAGCCGGACCAGGCGAGCGUGCCCCGAUUCGUGGGAACGAGAUGGGACCGGCCCCGAUGCUGGGGUUUUUGGGUAAAAAUAUGGGAGGUAAGGGUGAGGCGGUGUAG